AUGGCUUCUAAGCGCGAUCACAGUCCCGAGCUGGUGGGGAAUCCAUUCAUCAAGAAACGUAAUCUAGAAUGGAGCCUUGAGCUUACCCGCUCUCCACGUGAUGGGGAAACAGAUAAUAGAGAAGUCUCAGAAGCCGAGAACGCCAUUCAGUCUAGAAAUUCAGAUCGUCAAGUAUCCCAAUUACCCAGAGCGGCAGCGGUUGAAGCGGGAGAGGCAGAAGUUUCAGACCACCUUGCUUACUUCAGCGCCAUCCUAGCGAAGUCCAUCCUCAAACCGUACCCUGCUGGACUGCCACAUCUGCCCAUUUCGGCUUGGCAGGUACUUUAUGACGCAAACGCCGGAUUCCGCAAUGGUUCUCACUUUGUGGUGCAUCAGCACGAUCAUCCUGUAGCAGGAACACACUACGACUUACGUCUGCAAAUCAACGAGACAAGCUCUGCGUCCUGGGCCAUAAUGUAUGGGCUGCCCGGGGAUCCGAACAGCCGGCGCCUCAUGCGCAACGCCACCGAGACACGGGUCCAUUGCCUGUGGAACCACCUCAUCGAGACGGGUUCUGUGUCAACAGGGUCCAUGAUGAUAUGGGACACGGGCACGUACGAAGUGCUUGAGAGGCGAAGUAAGCAUGCACCUGCUCAGGAUCCAGAUUCACAGAACAGUUCUGAUGAGGAGGAGAACAAGUGGGACACGCAGACGCAGCAGGAAAAGCUGCAUCGUGCUUUCCAAACACGUAAGAUCAAGAUCAGAUUAAAUGGCACGAGGCUGCCGAAUAAUUACGUGCUCAAUUUGAGGCUCACAAGAGACGAGGACGCAGCUGGUCGUGUCAAGAGUGGCAGAAAGCCUAGAACGAGUAGAAGAAGAGGGACUUUAAAGAUUCAGGCAAAGAGACCAGAGCCCAUGACUAGUUCUGAAUCCGAGUCAGAAAUUAGCCGCAAGCCAGACGAUGAUGACUGUGAGACGGUGGAUGCGCCAGCGGAGCCAGACCAGGCAGGCAUAUCAGCUAUGGAACGUGAAAUCCAGGAGUUAGAGGAUGAACAAGUCCGUAAAACAAAUGCAUACACUGGAGCUACAAACACGAUCGACAGUGUGCACCAGAGGAAAUGGUUUCUGUCGAUGGAUCGUGAGGCGUCUGGAUUUGUGAAGCGGAGGAAAGGGGGAAAGAUUGAGUGGGAAAGAAGUGGAGAAGAACCGAUACAGAAAGGUGGUGACACAAGAUGGUCUUUCCCUUUCUAUGUCAAAGGGGCCGAAGUCGAGAGAAGCAUUGUUACAGGAAGACAAGGCGCUGAUGUGCUUCGCGACGAAGGUGUAGUUGGAUUUGCCAAACGAAAAGGAUGGCAAGCUGUGCUUAAUUGA